CACCUGAUAUUUACAGAGUGAUCAAAAACUAUGAAAAGUGGCAAUCAUAAAAGAUGCAUAAAUUAUAAGUGUCAAUCAGAAAAGAUGUUUGAUGUUCAAAGAGUCCUAGUUUCUUCGAAUUUGUUCGAAAUGUUUCUCUUUUUUUGAGGAGAUAGGAGCCGAUAAGGUAUACUGAUUAAUUUUAGAUAUGUUGCAAUCCAUUAAAGUAGUGGAGCAAUUUAGGUGUUGCCGAUUAGUAAGUUGGUCAGUGAAUACAAGAUCUUUGUCUACGUUGGCGGAAGACGCUACAAAUGAUGACUAUAACUGGGAUCCCAAAGCAGAAAAAAGCUCAACUUCUGCCAGUUCAGGCGUAAAGAAAAGGACAAUAGUUGACAGCAAGCUGAAAGAAACUCAGAAUACAUUGCUUCAUGAAUCUCUGAAAUUUGUACCUGAGCAUGGAUGGAGUUCUAAAAGUAUAGCAGAAGCGGCUAAAUCUCUGGAAUUGUCUCCUUCAAUUAUGAAUUCUUUCUCCAAAUCGGAAGAUGCAGCGCUAGUGGCGUUUUUCCUUAGUUUGAAAAUGGUCGACUUGGAGAACUUCCUGAUUGCGUUGCGAUCCCAACAUCUAGAAGAACAUGGUCGAGUUAAGAUCAAUUUGUUUGUUUUUGAAGCUUGCAAGGAAAUGAUGUCGUACGUGCUACCAUACUUAAAACAUUGGUCAUCGGCACUCUCAAUUUUGGCUGAACCGUCCAACGCAAUCGAUACUCUGAAGCAUCACUCAGAAAUGGUCGACCUUAUUUGGCACUAUGCGGGAGAUACAUCGCUUGAUUACAACUGGUAUUCGAAACGCAUAUUGCUCUCAGGGGUAAUCAAUUCCACCCAACUGCAUUUGCUACAGGAUAAUUCAGAGAAUUUCGAAGAUACGUGGAUUUUCUUGGAAUCUAGGCUGAAGGACGUGGCUAGUAUUGGCAUGGGUAUAAAUAAUUUCAGAAAGAGUUUGUCAAAAUUGGCCGCAAUAGGCGAAGUGGCAUCAGAGACAGGAAGAAAUCUUGCAGGGGUUCCAAAUACCAACAGAUGAGAUUCAGAUUCCGUUCGAUCAAAAGCGAAACCUUUUUUCAAUAGCUGAAAAAUUUUGUUUAAAAAUAGAUUAAAUUCGUGAAAUGAAACUAAGUUCUGAUAUAACCGA